AUGGCAGCGUGGAUGUGGCACAAGUUUUCGACGUGGUUUUGGGAUCCAUAUGUGUGGCUGCCUCCGAACUACUCCUGGGAAGAUCUGGUGCCCAAUGAGAAGGUUCGCUACGCCAACUGGAGUGACCUGUGGACGUAUCCCAUUAUUAUGGCACUUUUAGCUAUUCCUCUUCGAUUCUUGGUUCUCAACAAACUUGUUUAUUCUGUUUUAGCCCAAGCUGUUGGUCUGAGGGAUGUAAAAGCACGUGCAGUUGUUCCUAACGAAACUUUAGAACAUUUAUUUUCGCGUUAUAAGGCCAAGCCCCCUGAUAGUGAGAUCAGUCAUUGUGCUGGUAAGCUUGGAUGGUCAGAACGCAAAGUUGAGCGAUGGAUACGACAGAGGACAUCCAUGACUCGUAUCAAUAAAUUCACCAAAUUUAUGGAAUGUUCUUGGCAGUGUACAUAUUACACUUUUAUCUUUUUGUAUGGGUUGUAUGUGAUGUGUGGAAAACCAUGGCUUUGGGAUAUUCUAUAUUGUUGGUAUGACUUUCCAAAUCACAGUGUUGAUGAUGAUGUGUGGUGGUACUAUAUGAUUUCCCUUUCCUUCUAUUGGUCCAUGACAUUUACUCAUUUCUUUGAAAUUAAGCGAAAAGACUUUUGGCAAAUGUUUUUCCAUCAUUUAGUCACUAUUGCCCUCAUUACAUUCUCUUGGACAUGUAACCUCACACGAAUUGGAACUUUAGUUCUUAUUGUGCACGACUGUGCUGAUAUUCCUCUUCAGCUGGCUAAAAUGAGUAUUUAUUCUGGCCACAAGGCAUUCUGUGAUGCUGUCUUUGCAAUCUUUGCAGUGUUGUGGGUUAUAACUCGUGUUGGAAUUUAUCCCAUGUGGAUUUUGUAUAGUACGGCUGUUGAUGCUCCAACAAUUGUGCCCAUGUUCCCUGCUUAUUACAUUUUUAAUAGUUUGUUGUUUACACUGUUGUUUUUGCAUGUCUACUGGACAUACCUCAUCCUUCGUAUCAUUGCUGUUACCAUAACCAAGGGAAAUGUGGAGGAUAACCGCUCUUCAUCUGAUCCAUCAGAAUUCUCUCAUGAUGAGGAAGAGAAAAAGAAUAAGUAA